CAACGGCCAAUUAUACAUAUACCUACACUGUGGCAAUUGCUGCGCAACGAAAUCAUUAUCUGAACAGUCUCAGUCACCAACUCACAGAUUCUAGGUUUGACACUGGAAGGUUCCUGGCCUACAGGCUCUACGCCCUCUAGUUUAUUGUAGCGGUGACAUAAUAACAACGUGCCACUUGCCAGUAAGGCGCCCCUGUUUGUCCCGAAUACUCUAGCUUCAUAGGGGCGGCUGGGCAAGAAAGAGAAAGCCCAGGAGCCCCAGGCUCUAUUAACAUUAUCCAGCGUUUGAUCUCACUCAAGAAUAUGGAAAUAUACGGGUCGUCAACAACUUUCAACCUUGAAAAUGUCCUUCGCCAGAACAUUUUGGGCUCGGACUAUUACCGGCAGACCUGCACGACGUUGAACAAUUGGUCAGAUAUUGUCGAUGAGAUAUACGAAAACGUAGAUCAUGUGGAGCCUUGGAUGAGCGGGAACGCACGGGGUGCAUCCUCUGCGUUUUGCCUCCUGCACCGGCUGUUCACGCUGAAGCUCAGUGUCAAGGAAAUCAAGGACAUGCUCGACCACCGGGACUCCCCUUAUAUCCGGGCGGUUGGCUUCCUGUACGUGCGCUACGUUGCGGACCCCAAGACGCUGUGGAACUGGUGCGGCCCGUACGUCAAGGACCAGGAGAUGUUCGCUCCCAGCGGACCGGGCCAGAAGGAGGUGACGAUGGGAGACUUCGUCCGAGACUUGCUGCUUUCCCAGUGUGGUGCCGUGCACAGGGAAGGCGGCAGGUGCAGCCUCCGCCCUGGAUAACUGGCUCCGCUUCGCACAGCAGCAGAGGUCCAACAUGAUGGCGGAAGGAUUCGCGUGCGCCCUCGGCUGUUGUUGAACACCCCUGCCGUCGGUAGGGUGCGGAUCAAGGCGUUACAUAGGGCACGAAUCCCCAUGACCCCUGUGACCAUGCUGCAAUCAACACCCAUACCCGCAUAAACGUGCAUCCUUCAGAUGUUUGGGGCUGCUUGGCCCGCUGGUCAGUGGCCAUAUGUGGCCGCGCUGUACAAUCAAAUCGGCACGACGUUACUACGGCUAGCCUACUGGCAUGGUUCAUCACUUUCGUUGGCCCCCAGUCUGAAUAUGCCCU